AUGUCUCAAGAAAUAUCAUUAUCCCUUGAGGAAACCAAUAAACUACGACUUGAAUUAGGAUUGAAACCCAUACCGAAUAAUCUGGAAGAAAACUUAAGACGAGAACAACCUGCUUCAUCAUCUGAGAAUGUAAUUGAAUUAUCAAUAGAAGAAACUAACAGACUUCGUGAGUCCAUAGGUCUAAAACCAAUACCUAUUCAAAAUCACAGAUCUGUGACUCCGCUGGAUAGAUUAAAGUCUGCAAGUCAUAAUGAAGAAGAAAUUUCAAAAAGAAUUUCGAAAGCUAAAGUGACAUUAAAUAAAAGAAAAUUAAUGGAAAUACAAAGUGAUGAGGAAGAAUUGAAUACUGAUGAUUGGUUGAAUAGUUUGGGUGAGGAACAAUCAUCUAAAAAGCAAAAAAUAGAAACCAUAGCAAAGAAGCACAAUGAUACUAAUCAAGUAAAUGCUGCUAUCAAAUAUAACUUGAAGGAAUUGAAAACGUUGAAAGAUAAUGAUAUUUUAACUUUGAAAGACUCAAGUAUAUUUGAAGACGAAGAUGAUGAUGAUAUUUUGAGUAAUGAUAAAUUAGAUCAGGCUUCUAAAGUUAAAAAGAGAUUGAAGGAGAAGAAAGCAGCUGACAUGUUAAAAUUCAAUGGAAGGAGAUAUAUUUCAGAUGAAGAAGAGGAGGAGAAUAAGUUGGAACCCAUUACAAGUAUAACGAAUUCUAAAAUAAACAUUAGAGAUAAUGACAAUGGCAAUGAUGAUAAAGCAUCAAAGCCGAAUAAUGUCGCCGUAUUUACUGACUUGUUCGAAGACCAAAAGCAAAAUAAAUUAAGUUCGAGCACUUCACAAUCAGAACCUAUAAAAUUUAAGAAGUUCAAGAAGAAAAAACCACUAGAUCACAACAAAUCCAGAUCCAGGAUAAGAACCGAUGAGUUAAAUCAAUUGGAAGAAAUAGAUUUGAAUUUCGAAGAUUUAGAAAAUGAAUUACAUCAAUCAUUAACUGUAAAUAGAGCGACAAAACAGCGAAAGCAACCUAAAAAGAAAGAAAAUACUAGCAGUUUAAAUAAUGAUCAUGGUAAGCUAAACGAAGAACUGAACUUAAAUGGGAGUGACACCAAACGACACUAUUAUACUGAUGAUAUUUACGACGACACAAUUGGAUUUUUAAAUAAUUUAGAUACAACUGUGUUAGAUAAUCAAAUUGGAGAAGAAGUAAAGGACAUACUACAUAAUAACGAUGACAAAAUCAACGAAAAGAAUGAGCCUUCCGAAAUACCGAAAAACCAAGAUAAUAAUCACAAGGAGAUACCUAAAAGUCAAGAUGAUACUCAUACAACUAAUGUUUCUGCAAUAUCAACUACUACAUAUUUUGCUCCUACAAAUGAUGAAGAACAAAAUGAACCUAAUUUUGGUGGAAGUUUAGCAGAUACUUUGAAAUUUUUAAAAUCACAAUCUGAUCCUAAUGUAAAUGAUAGUGCACUGAAUAAUUCAAAAACAAUGGAAAAAUUAAGUCAAAAAUCCGAAUUAACGAAAUUGAAAAUUGAUAUAGAAGGAAGGAUACUAAAAGAAGAAUUAUUAAAAGAUAAAAACUAUAAAAAUUUAUCAAAGGUUGAUAAAGAUAAAUAUUAUGAAAAUAAACUUGAUGAGAGAUUGAAAAAUAAAGGAUUAACAAUGGAUGAAGAAGAAGAAAGGUCAUUAAGAAAUGGUAGGUUCAAAAAAUCAAAGAAAUUUAAUCAAAAUAAUAAAUCAAUUAAUGAAUUUGAUUCAUAUAAUCCUAAAGUUGAAUUAAAAUAUAAAGAUGAUGAAGGUAAAGAUUUAAAUACUAAACAAGCUUAUAAACAUUUAUCUCAUAAAUAUCAUGGAAACAAGCAUAAAAAUUGA